CACACAAACACACACAGAGAGACGGAUAACUCUGGGCUUAGCAUGAAUCUCCGGGAGGAGGUCAGAAGCCGUCAGUUUUGGCGGGGCAUGCUGGCUGAGAUCCUAGGCUCUCUGGUCUUCGUGUCAGCUGUGUUGGGCUCUUCAGUGCCAGGUCCUGGGGGCAAUUCCUCCGGGCCCCUUUACCCGGCACUAGCUGCAGGCAUGGCAGCAGUGGGCCUGGGACACUGUUUUGGAGAGAUCAGCGGGGCUCAGGUGAACCCUGCUGUAACUUUGGCUUUAUUGGCUACAAGGAGACUGGACACAUUAAGGGCUGUGGUCUAUGUCAUUGCGCAAUGCUUAGGAGCCACUCUAGGGGCUGGGAUGCUCUACUUGGUCCUGCCCCUGAAAUCCACAGCUGAGGUCUUUGUCAACAAGGUACCCAUAGAGGUGAACGCAGGGCAGGCUCUGGGGACAGAGAUGCUGGCCACCUUCCAGCUGGUCUUCACCAUCUUCUCUGUGGAAGAUCAGCGGAGGCGAGAGGGGAGUGAACCCGGCAACCUGGCUAUUGGCUGCUCCCUGUCUGCUGGCAUUUUUACAGCUGGUAGAAUUUCUGGAGGCAGCAUGAACCCUGCUCGUUCUCUUGGACCUGCCAUUAUAGUUGGGUUCUGGGAACAUCACUGGGUGUACUGGAUAGGGCCGGUGCUGGGUGCAGUUCUGGCAGGUGUGUCUCAUGAUUUCUUUUUUGCUCCAACCACCUCAAGGCAGAAGCUGGUGGCAUGUCUCACUUGUAAAGACAUCGAAAUAGUGGAGACUGCCAGUGUGUCUCGCUCCUCUCUGUCCACUGUCACACAGACAGCUAUGAGGGCCAAGCAGACCAACAAACUUGAACACAACUGAACCAUGUGACAUGCUCACUGAUUGGGAACACUGCCAUUUCUUCAAGGGUCAAUGAAUUGUAAAUUAGCUCUUGUCAUUGUACCUUUUUGAAUUAGAUAGUGUCAAAAUAAAUGUAAAAACAUUUACAUGAAGAGUUCCUAAAACAUGAAGAGUAAAGAUUUAAAGCCUUAUGAAUGUUUAGAUUACAGUUCUGUUCUGUAACCACUGUGUGGGCAGUGUAUUUAUUUUCAUAUGAAAUUAUUCUUUAAGAUGUUUUCUGUUCAUUGUUGAGUGACUUACUAAAAACUAAAGUAUAAAGA